UUCCUAUUUAUUCCAGUCUACUUUUAUACAUUGCUAAAAUAACAUCUUGUGUUUUACGCUGGUCGUGUUAUCAAUAAAAAUAAUUUAAUAAUAAACACAAUAUGUUAUCAAAAAUAUUUCGCGCUGUCAUUCUGGGAGCCCCGGCUUCGGGUAAAGGCACUAUAUCUAAGCGUAUUGUUGAUAAAUUUGGUUUUGCACACAUAUCUCCGGGUGAUGUAUUACGUUUGAAUGUGAUCAAUAAUACAGAAUUGGGCAAACAAGCUAAAGUUUUUAUCGAUCAGGGUAAACUAGUGCCCGAUGAUCUUAUUAUUAAAUGUGUUAUGGGCUGCCUAAAUGAAGUGGGUAAUAAAUCAUGGUUAUUAGAUGGUUUUCCACGUACUGUGGUGCAGGCUCAACGUUUAUCCGAAUACGAGCAAUUGGAUGCAGUUAUUAAUUUGGAAGUGCCUCAUGAAGUUAUUAUAGAAAGAGUGAAAGGUAGAUGGAUACAUUUACCCUCGGGUCGUGUUUAUAAUAUAGGUUUUAAUGAACCAAAGGUGCCGGGAAAAGACGAUGAAACGGGUGAAGAUUUAGUACAGCGUGAUGAUGACAAACCAGAAAUUGUAGCACAACGUUUAAAGAUUUAUGAGGAAAUGAUGAAACCGGUAGUGGACUAUUAUGCAAAACAUGAUUUGGUAACGAAUUUUAAAGGCAAGACUACUGCCGAAAUAUGGCCAAAAGUAGAGGAAUUUCUUAAUGAAAAAACUACUGCUUUAAAAGCUAGACGAGUUUAGGUGAUUUAAACAAAUUAAGAAGAGAACAACAAAAAGCAUAAAAUGUUUAAAAGUUAAAAAAGCUCAAAAGCAAGUUCUAAAUAAUAUUUAUAAGAUAAUAUUUGAUAGUUUGCUUUUUUAUUACUUUUUUUUGCAAAUAUGUAAUAAUAAAUAGUAUUUUUUAUUACUUAAUUAUAAUUAAAUUUAUUUUUGUGAUUUAACAAGUAUGAAAUAUGGACAAACCAAAUAUGUAAUGGUUAGUUUAUCUUUAAGUAUAUACUUGUGUCUUUUUAAUAGACAUAAAGUAAAUAUAUACAAAUAUAAAACAUUGAUAAGGUU